UUUUCAAAUGGCCAAACAAUUGGGCCUUUCCCGGCUGGAACAACUGCUACAAUGUCGUGUAAUCCUGGGUAAAUUUUUUGAAAUUCUUAACUUCUCAACUUUAUGUAGUUUUAUACCAAAUGGUCAAGCAACCGCCACCUGCACAAAUUCUGCGUUCCCACCCUUAGGCACAUGUAUGCCUUCAAGCUCAAAUCCUUCCGAUACUUCUUCUAUUGGCUACAACAAUUCAAAUUCAUAUAACAGCGGGAGAGUUCAAUGUUUCGAUAUGCCCCAACCAAUAAAUGGGGCCACCUUUAUCUAUUCGCCACCAAAUGCAAAUUCCCCCUUCCCCAUUGGUACAACAGCAACACUUGUAUGUGCAAACGGAACACAAUUAUCUGAUGGAAGCACUGUUGGCCAGUCAGUCAUGUGUAUGUAUACGGGUUGGUCUAAACUCCAAUUUGAUCCGUGUUUACCUUCAAGUGGAUUGGGAGGUAGUUGA